CGAGGUGCUCCACUACUUUAACCCCACGCAGUACUCCACCAUGACGCUCAUCCCCGCCGACUCCGUUUGCCUCGAGGCGUGCCCCACCACGACCAUCGCGUCCGGCUUGGUGAAGGCGGCGUUUACGUGCGAUUACUACGGCAAGUCCGGCGUCACCGUCAGCAGUCCCCCGGACUUCUGGGCCACGGACUACUACGAUAAGCUCAGUGCGCUCCAGCAGCUCAACUCGCUCGCGAUGUCCGGCCCGUGCUACCCCAACUUUGUUCCGUACACGCCGGUGAUGAACCGAUGCGUUCCGACGGUUACCGAGGAGCAGCUGCUCCUCCUGUCGUCCGCAAACACGGGUAACACCAGCACCGGCGACAUCACGUACAUGCUCGCGUCCAUGUCCGGCGACAGCGACAAGAUCCAGGAGUACCUCGAGGAUCUCCUCAAGGCUUGGAUGGUUAUCGUCCUCUGCGGCUUCCUCGGCGGCUUGGUGUUCAGCAUCGUGUGGAUGACCUUCCUCAGGUACUUUGCCGGGUGCAUGGCUUGGGUCACCGUCAUCUCCUUCAACGUGAUCCUCAUCGCGCUCACGCUCUACUGCGCCCUGAAGGCUGGACUCAUCGGCGCCGACGAGGUGGGCAUCUCCAACAGCGGAACCUCGAGCAACGCCACGCUCAUCGGCAACACCACCUCGUGGUCCAUCGGCGAGGACACGGAAAACGCGGAGACUUUCGAAUACGUCACCUACCUGAUGGCGGCCAUCACCGGCCUCGCGCUGCUCUUCACGCUGCUCAUGAUCCGCCGCCUCAUGAUCGCCAUCGCGGUGCUCAAGGUUGCCUCGCAGGCCAUCGCCGCCAUGCCGCUCAUCCUCUUCUCCCCGCUGAUUCCCUUCGUGCUCAACGUCGUUUUCUUUGGCUGGGCUUGCCUCGUCGCCAUCUAUCUCUACGCGUGCGGCGACCUCAAGAAGGACGACGCGGGUAACGUGUCCAUCAGCUGGGACGAGACUCUCCAGUACAUGUCCCUGUACCACCUCUUCGGCAUCUUCUGGACGACCCAGUUCAUCGUCGGCCUCGGCGUCAUGUUCACCGCGGGCGCCAUCGCGGCUUAUUACUGGCAGCGCGAAUCCAUGCCCAAGUCCCCGAUCAGGCGCUCAAUCCACCGCGCGGUCAGGUACCACGUUGGUUCCAUCGCGCUCGGCUCAUUCAUCGUCGCGGUGGUUCAGUUCAUCCGCGCGGUGCUCGAGUACAUCGACCGCAAGACGAAGAAGAUGCAGGAGGGUAACCCGAUUCUCAAGUACGUCAUGUGCUGCGUCAAGUACUGCAUGUGGUACCUCGAGAAGGUUCUCAAGUACAUCAACCGCAACGCCUACAUCCUCGUCGCCGUCAAGGGCUACUCCUAUUGCUACUCCGCGAUCCACGCCAUCAAGCUCCUCAUCAUGAACAUGGCUCGCAUCGCCGUCAUCAACACCGUCGGCGACUUCCUGACCUGGCUCGGCAAGAUUGUCGUCACCGGCAUCUGCGGCAUUCUCGCGUUCCUCAUGUGCGACAUGAGCAUGUACACGGACCCGGACUCCGCCAACUACCUCACCUCGCCGAUCCUUCCCGUCAUCGUCACCGUGUUCAUCGCGUACCAGGAGGCUGACAUCUUCAUGGGAGUCUACGAGAUGGCCGUCGACACGAUCAUGCUCUCCUUCUGCGAGGAUUGCAACACGUCGGGCGGUCCUCACUACGCGCCCCCGCUCCUCAUGUCCGCCCUCGGCAAGAGCACCAAGAAGACCAAGCCCGGCGAGUAAGACAACGAGCCAACGCUCGAACGUGUUGAACGCCGUGCUCUUAUUUAAUAAGACGCGUGCUAAUUCCCGUC